UGUGGCCUGAGCGCCCUGCGAGGGAGGAGUGAAGAGUUGGCCCUCGUCACUGGGUUUUCGCGCUGUUCCCGUUCAGUGUUCACAAGCCCCGGGUGUUCUAUCGGCAGCGUGCCCCUUUUCUCGCUCCUCAUACUCGACUUUGACUUGCUUGGCUGUGUGCGUGUGCUUUCCAUUUUUAUCCACUGGCUUUUUCGCUCUAUAUUCUUUUGUGCUAAUCGAAGGAACCUAAGCAUGAUCCCAAGCCUUCACUACGAGGCAGGAUUGAUCCCUGCUGAAGAAGAUGCAUGAAGAAGGAAUGAAAUAAGAAAAGCCAAAGAAAGAAGAAGGAAGAAGCGAAGGAACGAGGGAAGCAGCAGGAAAACACCACACAAAGGAGAAAAGUCAGAGAGAGAGAGAGAGAGAGAGAGAGAGAGAGAGAGAGAGAGAGAGGAAGGGAAUUAACACAAACACACACGAACUGAAAAAAAAAGAAAGAAAACGAGAGAAAGUAAACGAAGAAAACGGGAAACAUAGGCCAGUAAAAGUGGAACUAUUUGCAUGAAGAAGUCGAAGCUCGGAGCAGCACCAGAAGAAGGAGGAGGAGGAGGAGGAGGAGGAGGAGGAGGAGGAGGAGGAGGAGGAGAAGGUGGUGGGGAUCUUCUUACUAUGGAGGGGAGCAACCACCACCACCACCACCACAGCACGCCCCCCUCCUGCACCAAGAACAAAGGGUGCUUCGUGGGGCGUGGCGUGGGCGUGCUUCUGGGAGUGAUGUUCGUGAGUGGCCUGGUGGCGACUGGGCUGCUUGUUUACUACUACGCUCCGCACGAGAAACAGAUGCAGGAAGAGGCUGUGCUGGUGCCGCGUGUCCAGAGCAACGUGCGCAGAACACCCAACACUAGGAGGCGCCUCAACUGCACCGCCCGGAGGUUUGGGGGGAGCAGGGGAGCCGCCACUACCACAUCUACUACUUUUCCAUCCUCCACCCUCAUCAGCAUCCCGAGUCUUUUCAGCACCUUUGUACCCUUUGAGGAAGAACCGGAUGUACGUCUCCCUCGAACGCUCCGGCCCUUGCACUACCUGGUGAAGCUGCAGCCGCUCAUCAACGGGAACCUGAGCAUCCUGGGCUACAUGGAGGUGGAGAUGGAGGUGCUGGAGGCCACUGUUAAUAUCACGCUGCACAUCGCCGACAUCAUCACUCACAAUGACACCAUCAGGGUUACCACGCCUGGGGAUCUGGACGGCCCAGGACUUAAAAUUAGAAAACACGAGUACGACCACGAGAGGCAGUUUUACAUGGCGCACCUGGAGGAGCCGCUGGUCGAGGGAGGAAAGUACGUCCUCUCAAUGGGAUUCGAAGGACACCUGAACGACCAGCUACACGGCUUCUACAGGUCCACCUACAGGGACGCUGACGGCACAGAGAAGGCGAUGGGCGUGACACAGUUCCAAGCGACGGACGCGCGGCGAGCCUUCCCGUGUUUUGACGAGCCGGCUCUUAAGGCCACUUUCGAGGUGUACCUCGGCCGCCAGAUGAACAUGACUACCAUUUCCAACAUGCCCAUCAUUGAAACUAUUCCCAUGGUGAACCAGAAAGGCUGGGUGUGGGACCACUAUGACACCACUGUUCCCAUGUCCACCUACCUUGUGGCUUUUGUUGUGUCAGACUUUGCCAAUCUCUCCACCAUCGCCAAUAACAAGACACUUUUCAGAGUGUGGGCGCGGAACUCCGCUAUCCGGCAGGCUGAAUUCGCACAGCAAGUGGGACCGCCCAUCUUGCUGUAUUUCGAGGAUUACUUCAACCAGUCUUACCCGCUGCCCAAACAAGACAUGAUUGCAAUCCCAGACUUCUCUGCCGGUGCCAUGGAAAACUGGGGCCUCAUCACGUACAGGGAGACAGCGAUGCUCUAUGACGCGCGAGUGUCCGCCGCCUCCAACAAGCAGUACGUGGCGGCGGUGGUGGCGCACGAGCUGGCACAUCAGUGGUUUGGUAAUCUGGUGACGCCUCGUUGGUGGACAGACCUAUGGCUUAACGAAGGCUUCGCUUCUUAUGUCGAAUACAUCGGGGUGAAUCACGUGGCCCCGACGUGGCAGGUGAUGGAACAGUUCGUGCUCAACGAGUUGCAUAUAGUGUUUGGAUUGGACAGUCUGGAGUCGUCACACCCAAUCAGUAUCCCCGUGGGUCAUCCUGACGAGAUCAGCCAGAUAUUUGACAGAAUUUCAUAUGCCAAAGGAGCUUCCAUCAUCCGUAUGAUGAACCACUUCCUGACGGAGUCGGCCUUCAGGCACGGCCUCAGCACCUACUUAGAUGCCUUCAAGUACGACAACGCCGAGCAGGACGACUUGUGGCGGCACCUGACGGAGGCGGCGCACGAGACCGGCACGCUGCCCGCCAACCUCACCGUCAAGACCAUCAUGGACACGUGGACGCUGCAGAUGGGAUACCCCGUCAUCAAGGUGGAGCGGAGCGCCGACGGCACCUCGGCCGCUGUCUCGCAGGAGCGGUUCCUGCUGGUCAAGGACGACAACGCCGACGACAUGCACGACUACAAGUGGUGGGUGCCGCUGACGUACACGGGCCAAGACCGGCCUGACUUCAGCCAGACGCAGGCCAAGGUGUGGAUGAAGGACUCAGAGGCGCAGGUCACCGUCACCUCCCUGCCGUCCAAGGACCACUGGGUCAUCUUCAACCUGCAGCAGACUGGUUACUACAGGGUCAACUACGACGACCACAACUGGAACCUGCUCAUCCAGCAGCUGCUCGCCGACCACCGCGCCAUCGCCACCGUCAACAGGGCACAGAUCAUUGACGACGCCAUGAAUCUCGCCAAGGCUGGUCAGAUGACGUACGGCACGGCUCUAGGGGUUUACAACUACUUAGGGGCAGAAACAGAAUUCGUUCCCUGGGCUGCAGCCAUUGACAACUUAGCUUACCUGAAAGAGAUGUUUGCCCGCACUGGAGGUUAUGGCGCUCUCAAGAACUACCUGCUGGACAUCCUAGUGCCGCUGUACGACUCAGUAGGCUUCCAGGACCGCGACAAUGACCCUCUGCUGGACCAGUACAAGAGGCAGAAGGCGCUGUCUUGGGCCUGCCAGUUGGAGCAUCCAGACUGUCUGCAAAACGCCGCCGCCAGCUACGCCACGUGGAUGGCUGAUCCAUCAAACAACAGCAUCAUCUCUCCAAACCUCAAGUCGACCGUGUACUGCCACGCCAUUGGCUCUGGUGGAGAGAAGGAGUGGAACUUCGCCUGGGAGCAAUACCUCGCCUCCAACGUGGGCUCCGAGAAGAACCGGCUCCUCUCUGCCAUGGGUUGCACCAAACAUAUCUGGAUCCUUUCAAGGUAUCUGGAGAUGGCGUUCAGCUCAGAUAGCGGCAUCAGGAAGCAGGACGCCUUCAGAGUCUUCGGCACGGUGGCCAACAACGAUGUGGGUCAGCCGCUGGCCUGGUCGUUCCUGCAGGAUCGCUGGCAUGACAUUUACGAGUUCUACGGCAAGGCUAAGUCUCGCCUCAUUAAGUCCGCCACUAGGAGCUUCAACACCCAUUUGCAGCUGAAGGAGCUUCGGUUGUUCCAUCGCGAGCACAAGGAGGACCUGGGCUCAGCGUCCCGGGCGGUGCAGCAAGUCAUCGAGCGCACCAAGGUCAAGAUCGCCUGGAUGCGCACCAAUUAUGACGUGAUUGUAGAGUGGCUGGACGCUAACGGGUACUCCACGAAGCUCAGGAAUGCCUAGUAACACCCUUAACUACCAACACCCUCUCUCUCUCUCUCUCUCUCUCUCUCUCUCUCUCUCUCUCU